UGGGUGCACUUUAUUUCAUUUUCUAACAAUUUUUGUUAAGAUAAAGGCUGGUUCUCUGCAUCAUUAUGCUUUCUGCAUCCAUCUCCAAUGACACUGCCUUCCAUCCAUCCACAUUUAUUCUACUUGGAAUCCCUGGUAUGCAAGACCAGCACCUUUGGGCUGCCAUCCCCUUCUGCUCCAUGUACAUCCUUGCUCUGGUUGGCAACGGCACCAUCCUCUACACCAUCGUGAAGGAGAGAGCUCUGCACGAGCCAAUGUACCUCUUCCUGUGUUUACUGUCCCUCACGGACCUGGUGCUCUGUUCAACUACGUUGCCCAAAAUGUUAACAAUCUUCUGGUUUAAGUCCCACAAAACUUCCUACCAUGGAUGCCUCACCCAAAUGUUUUUUGUUCAUACAGUCUUUGCCACGGAAUCCGCUGUUCUGCUGGCCAUGGCUUUGGACCGCUAUGUGGCCAUCUGCCGUCCACUUCAUUAUACAUCCAUCCUCAGUGCCAUGGUGAUUGGGAAGAUUGGCCUGGCAUGUGUGAUCCGUGGCCUUCUCUUUGUGUUCCCCUUUGUCAUUCUCAUUGAACGCUUACCUUUCUGUGGACAUCACGUCAUCCCCCACACCUACUGUGAGCACAUGGGCAUUGCCAGGCUGUCCUGUGCCAGCAUCAAGCCCAACACCAUUUAUGGUCUCACCGUGGCACUCUCAGUCACUGGUAUGGAUGUGGUCCUCAUCGCCACCUCCUACGGCCUGAUCCUGCGGGCCAUGCUGCACCUGCCCUCAAAGGAUGCCCAAUUCCGAGCAUUUAGCACUUGUGGAGCCCACAUUUGUGUGAUUCUUGUAUUCUAUGUACGCUUUUUUUCCUUUUUCACUCACCGCUUCGGUCACCGAGUACCUCCUCAUGUCCACAUUGUACUCACAAAUCUCUAUCUCCUCUUACCCCCUGUUCUCAACCCCUUGGUCUACGGCGUCAACACCAGACAGAUCCGCCUGAGAAUAUUGGACUUUUUUACGGGGAGGAGGUAGUUUACUCUCUCCACACC